AUGAGCAACUAUAAUUGUCCACACUGAUGAAGAAAGAGUGAGUGAGCACUUUUUCUCUUAGCUUCUUCUCCACUUACCCUUUUCAACCAGUGGAAAACUCUCAACUCUCCUCUCUAAAAAUUGAUACUUUACAUAUAUAUAUGGAGAGAGCUCGUUGAAGAAGGUAAUGAAUGGCCAAAUUCUGGCAAAGACUAUUGAAGAUUUGAAUCGCAGAUGGCUUUAUCUUCUUGCAUUUCCCAGCCUUUGUCUUCUUCAUCUCUCUCGAUGAUGAAUCGCAACAUUUCAGCUAAGAGCUCGAUAACAAGUCUUUCUCUCAGCAAUGUCAAGUCUAAACUAUGCGUUGGUUCGUCAAGUAUUCGACUUCAGAAUCGUUGGAGCUUUAUCGGAGGAUCAAAAAUCGCACUUUUCCCUAAUGUUUCAUCGAACUCGUCCUCUCUUGUUCAAAAGAAAUCCUCUGGUGUACGAGCUUCAUGGAUAGCUACUUCUCAGAUUGCAAGCAGUGUAUUUGCGGUUGGAACAACCGCUGUUUUACCCUUUUACACUCUAAUGGUUGUAGCUCCAAAAGCUGAAAUUACCAAAAAGUGUAUGGAGAGUAGCAUACCGUAUAUCGUCUUAGGCGUAUUAUACGCGUAUUUGUUAUACCUUUCUUGGACGCCUGAUACUCUCAAAUACAUGUUUUCCAGUAAAUACAUGUUGCCAGAGUUGUCUGGAAUAGCGAAAAUGUUCUCAAGUGAAAUGACUCUUGCUUCUGCUUGGAUUCAUCUUCUUGUUAUAGAUCUUUUCGCUGCAAGGCAAGUUUUUAAUGAUGGGCUAGAGAAUAAGAUUGAGACGAGGCAUUCGGUUUCAUUGUGCCUUCUCUUCUGUCCGGUUGGAAUCGUUUCACAUUUUGUAACCAAAGCUUUAACAAACAGCAAGUAGGUGCAAGUAAACCGGUUUAUCUUGGUCUCUCAAUGUCUCUCUUUAGCUGCUUAUUAAGAUUUGGAAUGAUUGUUCAGUUCGGUUAAAUUACAACAAAACGUCUUUGUAGUGGAUUAAGUGCUUGACAAAAGGAAUGCGACUAAACCAACUUG